AUGUCAAAAUACGCCACUUUACCCGAUAUUGAUGACCAACCUGAUGUGUAUGAAACGACAGGCGUUACUGAACAAGGAGAACAACUUUUCGACAACGAUGAUGACCAGUCAAGUGAAGAUGAUAACGAAAACGUUAUUAGAGCGCGCGUUUCUCACCAAGAAGCUAGCAAUCGAUUCAAAAACAGUGUGGUAGACUCGACGAAUAUUGAUUUCUCUGAACGAUUGACUCGAAGAAAGAAAGCCAUGUAUCGUACAUUUGUACGCCGCCCUCCUGGAUUGGAAACGGAUGAAUACGAAAUUCUACCUAAAGAACUGGCUUUAGAAGAAACACCAUUACAGAAAUAUCGCCGUCUUAUGUUUGAAGUACAAGAACUCAGCAAUACUUUGGAAAAUGAAGAGAAGGUAAAUAAUAUUUCCUUUUGGCUCCUAAAACAAUAA